AGAGGAGAAGAGUCAACAAUAGAGAGUUUGAGAGAAAGAAGGAGAGAGUGAGGAAGAGACCCUCCAUUGGUGGCUGUUGGAAAAGAACCAGAAGCAUAGAGUUUGCUGCUGGAAAUUCAUCUCAGAUUUUCAAAGGUAGUUCUUGAUAGAUUUUGGCUCUUGGAAUGACGACCUCAGUCUUUGUGAUGGACGAGCAUUGUUCAAUGGCACGCACUAGAGGAGGGAGUGUUAGUGGAAGAGGAAGAACUCCUCGCAGCACCAGGAGCCGAAAUGUCGAGACUCAUCAAACUGGACCCAGGACGCCUACUGGAAACAUCCAACAACAGCAAGCGUUCAUUAUGAAUGCCUUGCACAUGAUUACAGGGUUGAUACAUAGACUGGCGCAGAACGUUUCUUCAGGGGGAACCAGUACAGAUACAAACGCGACAACGAAUGGUGAGGCAAGGGGCGCAACUCACCAACAGUUUAUGAGCUUGCAUCCUCCAAAGUUUCAUGGGAAAGGCACUGCUGACGAUGCAGAAGAGUGGAUACAAGAAAUCGAGGAAAUUUUUACCACCCUGGAAGUGCCUGACAACAAGAAGGUUCGGUAUGGAACCUUUAUGUUAAAAGGAUAUGCUAAUGAAUGGUGGCAGACCCAACGUGAAGUGAAGUUUGCAAAUCACGAAGCGUCUUGGGAAGAAUUCAAAGAAGCCUUCACACAUGCUUACAUCCCAGCCUUCACACGGGAGAAACGCAUGCAAGAAUUUUUUGAGCUUCAACAAAUGAGUAUGAGCCUGCACGAAUACGUUGUCAAAUUCAGACACUUGGAAAAAUACUGCCCCCAUGUGUAUACUUCCGAUACGGACAGAGCAAAUAAGUUUAUCAGAGGACUUAAAGACGGGUUGCGAAGCAAAGUAAUGUGUAGUCGCCCACAAGACUUGGACGAUGCAAUUGACAUGGCCACACGCUUUGAUGAAGAUUGGAAUAGGACUCAUGGGAUAGACAAGAGGAAUGAAUUUCUGCGGUCCAAGUCGAGGCCAAACAUGUUCAAGAGGAGGCGCAGUGACAGGGUGAACCAGGGGGACAAAUUCAAGAGACAGAGGCCAUCAUCAUCCAGGCAGGACGAGGAAUGUCCCAAAUGUCAUCGCCAGCAUCCCAGUAAAACAUGUUACAGAGAUGUCGGGGCAUGUCUCUACUGCGGAACGCAAGGACAUUUUAUUUGUGAGUGCCCAAAGAAGAAAGAGGCUGAGCAGAUGCGUGGUGUAGCCAACCAACCAGUAGAGAAGAAGGUACUUGGGAGAGUUUAUGCAACAACGGUAGAGGAUUUGAAAUCCAUCGACUUGAUUGAAGUAAGAAUUAAAUCCGCAGAGAUGUCUGAGGAAGAUCACUAUGCUGUCCUCGGUCUCCCUUCUGGCAUUGAAGGAACAAAGAUCUCAGAGUCCGAAAUUCGCAAAGCAUAUAAGGCAAAAGCAUUAAGAUACCACCCAGACAAGAGACCUGAUGACCCUACAGCAGCAGCAAGGUUCAUGACAAUACAGACCUCUUAUGAAAUCCUGGUCGAUGUUUCUGCUCGUAAAGCAUAUGAUGAUCUCUUGAAACUCAAGCAUGAGCAGCAGCAGAGGCAGAACCAGGUUUCUGCUAAACGCAGGAAAAUGAUGGAUAAACUUGAAGAGGAAGAGAGAGCUUUUGCUUCAAAUGCUAAGAGCCAAGCUGAGAUGGAUAUAGAGGAAAUAGAGAGGGCUAAGAAGAAAAUUGAAGAAGAGAUUGCAAGAAUCUUGUCCAUGAAGGCAAAGCAAGCUUCUUCCACCUUUUCGAAGAAAGAGCAUGUUGGCAACAAUGCUCCACAACCAGUGUCAUUGGACAAAAGCAAGAUUAUCGAAGUCACAUGGUGCCACUCCAAGGAUGUGUCUGAUGUACAACGAUUGUAUGAGUUAUUUGGGAAAUUUGGUGUGGUCGAGGAUGUCGUUAUCAGAUCAAAGAAGGCAUUAGUUGUCAUGGCCUCUAGAGACAGUGUGGUUUCCGCAACAAAAAGCUUCUUUGUUGAUGAUUUAAAUGCCUUACGUAUCCGCCCUCUUUGCCCUGUAACCACUGUUUCAUCAAGCCCUUUUGAAGAGAAGUUAGAUGAUGUUCCAGAAUAUUCAAAUCUCGUUGGUUCUGCAUUCCAUGCCCAUGAAGAAUCCAUUCUUCAGAAACUUAAGCAGGCUGCUGAAAGACAAAAAGCAGAAGCACAGUCUCGAGAUGCAUCGUCAAGGCAGAGCUGAAUGAUGAGUGCUUUUCAAUAUUCUGUGUAAGGGUGCAAGGUAGAAGGGACGUCAUCAUCUUUUCUUGGCCCAAUGUCCACUUUUAAACCAAGUUAAGGAUUUACUGCAGAUUGGCAGGUCUCAUGUACUGUGCCGAGCAGAUUGAUUUGAAAGUGGUUUCUUUGGAUUGGACAGCUUGUAUGUCAUCUAAUGUUGCUGUUACAAGUUCCUCCUGAAGGUAAGAUGAUUAUAGUAUUUUGUUCAAAGGUACGAUUGUGAUAGUUUCCUUCCAUAUUGCUGUGAAAGUUGUAAAUUAUAGACUGCUGAAGGGGAGGAAGCAUCAAGGAUACCAGUCUCUGUCUGUUAGUAAAAUGAUAUUCAUAAUUGCUGGGGAACACAUAUAUUAUAGUCUUACCAACAAGUAUAAUCUUGUAACUAAGUGUUGGUUGAUCAAGCCACAUAUGGUGAGAAAGUAGGUGCAUUUUAAGAACUUUGUGCAACUUAUUAUUUCUUUGAUGAUGCAAUUUUGAACUAUUCCAUACUGUUGGAUAGAACAAUAGUUGUUAAGAAUUAAACUUUUGGCUUGUUUGCUGGAGUGAACAUGGAUUGCAGCUACUUAUUGCUAGGUAUAACAUUUAUGUAAAUGAUAGAGAGGAUGGUGAAACUUAUAUCAACGAGGACAUGUCAAGGCAAACCAGUUUGGCAGUUAUUUUCUUAACAAUAUUCAACUCUUAAAUACAGGAUUAUCUAGUUCCCUAGAAGCAACUUUUUGAAUGUAAAAGGUCAAGCCUUACACUCUUGACUCUUUUGCGACUUCACUCUCUGGAGCACUUUUUUGGUGGCUUGAUCAGAUCCUAAUGCUUUCUGAUCGACAGUACAUUGUUCUCCUCAAUGCAGUGUUUCUAAGACCCAUGUCAGGAGAUAAUUCUUGAAAAAUAUCCCAACAUGUAGCUUUUAAGCACUCCCGAAAUAUUGUCCUAGAGUGUUUGAAGGCGGUUCUGAGGCAUCCUCCUGACUUGGUUUUGAAGUCUUCGACGAGAAUGGAGGAGAAUGCAGUCAUUAAGGCAAUGGGCUCAGUUAUUUUUGGUCCAUUAUUCAAAAGGUACCCAAUGGCACAUCAUGUGACCAGGCGGCAGUUGGAGAUUCUGCUCGUAUCUUCGCUCCCAGUACCAACAUCAUUUCGUGCAGCUUUAGUAAAGAAAAUGUUAAAUCUGCGCAUUACACCUCAGACGUUGUUGCCUCUAUUCUUUGUGGGUUGUAAGCCCUCUAGUCUUUGUGUAGAUGAAAACCUUUGUGUGCAAUAUUGUUUUUGUGAAGUUUGGUGUGAAUCAUUACUCAUAUUUGGACAUUGAAUUUGUGAAAAUUUUAUGCGCUUUCUUCGUCAUCUUGUAA